AUGCCUGCUGGUAAUGCCGGGCAACAUGUUCGUCUCGGGGUCUUCUCCAGUGCUGUCGACCACACCGAGCACAAUGCCGAAUUCUUUCUCGGCGACAAUUGGGCAUCAGCAGAGCCGAUACUGGCAGAUUUUUCAGCCGAAGAUCAGCAUUCGGAUAGUAAUGCACAUGCUGCACUGGAUUCAGCGAUGGGCCAGAACACCUUGAAUGAGCUCUUCGCCGAGAUGCCUGAUCUAAACGCUGAUAUUGGACCGCACGCGCUCGAUGACGCUCUCAUCGGUCACUUCGUCGGGCCAACCGGUGAGCAGGAUCCGAAUAUACUUCGACGAUACCGCUUCAACGAGAAUAAUGAGAUAUGGUUCAAGAAACUCGCAACACGUCUUACAUCCGAGGGUCCGGAUCCGACGCUUUGGAUGCUUUCAUUGCCAGAAGCGCAGAGAGACAACGAAGCUGGCCCUGUCUCAGCCGCCCAUCCUUCGGUCCUAGAAGAGCGGGCCGAACUGGAGACCCUUGUUGCCCCGGACGUAGGAGAUCGUCUGAUCAAGCUGUUUAUGAAACUCAUCGUCCCUCAUUUCCCCAUUUUCUCCAGUGAAUCUCUGCCCCAGUCGUCCGACGCUCCCGUCCAUCUUCUUGCCGCGAUAUAUUUGAUCACUGAUCCAUUCUUCGCUCAAGAUGAUUAUCUAUGCAUCCAAGUUGUCUACACUCGACCUCAACCACGGCAACUCUGGGAAAUCGCCUGGAGAUCUUUCAACAGAAACAUUCACAAAGCAUCGAUUAAUAUGGUACAGACUGCGAUCAUCCUUCUAUUGAGUCCGCCGCUGGACCCCCUGAGUCCUGAGAUACCAUUCAGGUGGGCCUUGGUCGGAACUCUGGUCUCGAUGUCGGAGACAUUGGGUCUUCACCUCGACCCUGCUGACUGGAACAUACCACAGCACCAAAUAAGCCUGCGCCGCCGCCUGUCUUGGGUUGUAUUCGCUUUGGAUACCUGGCUUGCCUUAGCCCUAGGACGGCCAACCCGAAUAUCCAAGGAAAACUGGAUGCUGGACCAUCUGGAAGGAAGCAAUCUUGGAAGCACGACCUCUGAAGUUGCCGAACAUCCUUUUGCCCUGGAGUUCUCAAAGAUAACUGGUAUCAUCGGUUCUGUGCUCCGAAAACUUUUCACCCUGAGAGCGAGCGCGACUUUAGCCACUGAUUUUCGUCAGACACUUGAAACUGUGCGUCCGCUGCUCGUCGACCUUUCCGCCUGGCAUAACGAAUUGCCAGCAUCAGCAAAGUUCUCCCUCCACGAAGUGCAACAGUCCACCGACUCGACGCAGCCGCGAAGCCAACUCCAGCUGGCAUACUACGCGGCGAGAAUAUCAAUUAUUCGAGCAUUACUACGAUCAUUCGACAACCCACAGGUAGACUUCUUCAUCAUUGAGGGUGAUAGAGACGAGUUCAAUGAAGCUCGCCGACGAUGUCGCGACGCGGCGAAAACCUGCCUCGUGUCCGUGAUCGAUUUUAUGUCUUCGCUGACCGGGCGAGAUUUUGAACAGUUUUGGCCAUCGUGGACCAGUACCCUCUUUUCAACCGUGUCAUACUUGGCCAUACUGCUUGUCGUGACCUCGGCAGAGGUCAACGAGGCCGGUCAGUAUAAGUUUCUUCUCAACAAGUUACGGCGAGUCCUGCGCACGCAAUCUCGAUUCUUUGAGCCAAUGCGGCUGGCCAGUCUUCGGCUGGACGCCCAUUUCUGGCGUGGACUCGACAAUGUCUUCAACAUGGACCCACGUCUUGGUUGUUCCUUUGACGAACUGGUCGAGGUCCCCUAUCUGACUGCAGAGCCUGAAUGA